CAUGCGCUGUCAGCAGGGGAAACCAUAGACAUCAUGGGGGAAAUACACAAACGGAACAGAAUCAGCUGCUUCACCGGUCGUAGGCUACAACCUUAACCUCACUAAAGUUUUUUUGAUAAAACACGAAUAAAUCUCUGGCUAAUACUCGAAUGUGAAAUGUAUUGUUUCUGGUAUAAGCUAUUAAGCUUAUUCAAGUUAUCUAAGUUAUUUGGCGUCGAAACGAACUUUCACUUUCACUUGGGUGUGACGCCGACACGACAACAACUUCAUCUGCCUUCAUUUUUCAGUAAAUAAGGAGAAAAUGAAGGUCUUUAUUUGGACCACAUUGUGUGCAUUCUUCGUGUUUGGUGUGUUUGGUAUUGAUACAGAUGAAGAGUCAGUGAAGGAGGGAGAUUCAGUCACUCUAAACACUGGUGUUAAAGUAACCCAAAAACACAGAAUUAGAUGGUUUUUUAAUGGCAAUCGUAUUGCUGAAAUCAUUGGAGGUCAGAGUAGGAUCUGUACAGAUGAUCUGUGUAAAGAGAGAUUCAGAGACAGACUGAAGCUGGAUCAUCAGACUGGAUCUCUGACCAUCAUGAACAUCAGAACCACUGACUCUGGAGAAUAUAAACUACAGAUCAUCAUUGACAGCAGCAGUUUUAAAAUCUUCAUUGUUAAUGUCACUGGUGUUGCUGCUGCUCAACGAGAUGAACUGAAGACAGUGAAAGAGGGAGAAUCUGUCACUUUAGAUCCUGGUGCAACGAAAAACCUAAAUGAUGUGAUGACAUGGUAUUUUAAUGAUAUUCUCAUCGCUGAAAUCACUGGAGAUCAGAGUAAGAUCUGUACAGAUGUUCAGUGUGAUGAGAGAUUCAGAGACAGACUGAAGCUGGAUCAUCAGACUGGAUCUCUGACCAUCAUGAAAACCAGAAACACUGACUCUGGAGAAUAUAAACUAGAGAUCAUCAGCAGUCGCAUCAGCAUCCAGCGUCGUCGUCGUCGCCGCAGCGUCAGCAUCACCAGUGUAAAGAGCUUCAGGGUUUCUGUAAUUGCUGUUCCAGAUUCAGAUCUGUCUUCAGGUGCUGUAGCAGCAAUAGUUGUUAUUGUUCUGCUGGCUGCAUCUGCUGCUGGUGUGAUUUACUGUCGCCGCAGGAUCCAUAGAGCAGUACCACAGAAUGAUGUUGGUUUGUAGAAGACUCGUCUCCUAAGCAGACUCAAACUAUGGAUGGACACUGCUAAUGGGACGUCUCCUAAACGAACUGACAAUAAAACCUCCAGCAACAAGCAGUGACAAGUGACUUUAUUAUAUUUGGUUUCAAAUUUAUGAAGAGCCUGGCGAAACAAGUAAUGGUGACAUUGAGCAACAAGAUGUUGGCGUGUCCAGUGACUCGGCAGAGUUGAGAACUUUUUUCAAGUGAGCCGUGAGUUUUGGGAGCUAAUGCCAAUACGAGUGAAGACGAUGAUGCAGACUUGAUUCAUCUCCUGUCAGAUACAUGAUUAGUGACUUAGUGCUUGUUUUCACUCCAGCCUAAUGUACCACUGGAAAUUUACCUCAUUGAAGCACAGCUCCUGCACCAGGCAGUGGUGUUCAUACGGGAUGUGAGUCCGAAUGGAUACGCCUGAUAGCCUGAUAGCCAGAGACUUGCUUAUUAUAGAGAGCCUAAAUGCCAAAGAUGGCCUUUAUAUUAUACGUUUCAUGCACUGAUUCCAUUUAAAUAUGAUCUUUCUGUCAUGCCGGGUUUGAUUUUCUUCUUAUUUCCUUUUGUUCCUCUGGAAUAGUUAUAGCAAUAGUUUGACCUUAAAAAUAUCUUUUUCUUACAAACACGCAGCUUUUCACUUCAGAAGACAUUGAUUGAGACUGGAGCCGUGUUGUGGACUAUUGUGAUGUUUUUAUGAGCUGUUGGACUCAUUCUGACAACACACAUUCACUGCAGAGGAUACACUGCUGAGCCAGUGAUGUGAUGCACAAUUUCUCCAAAUUUGUUUCUGUGAUGAAACAAACUCAUUGUGUGUGAGAGUAAAAUGUCAGCUGUAUCCCUGCAGUAGAAGAAAGAGUGCUUGAUGUUUUCAGCAUAGAGAAGGUUUAUUACAGCUGCUAAAGUGGACCAGACAGGAAAAGUAAUAUCUGUCUUUAAUCAUUAUCGGCAGCGUUUACACAGCAAGAACUCAUAACACACAGAUUUUAACCAGGCUUCCCUUGGGUCAACCAGCAUGAACAUUUGUGUAUUUUCAGCAGGAGUGUUUCUUUUAAAGUUUAUGAAACUUCCCUGUCCACACAGAUGCUUUGGGUUUUUGUUUGAAACUGUAACGAAAGCACUGAAACACCCAGUGGAUAGAAGCAGCAACAAACUGCUGAAUUAGCAUUCUUGUAAUGUUUUCCAUACAGACAGGUACCAAAUUAUAGGAGAAACUACCAUAAAGUGAAUAAAUAUUUGUUUAAAUGUUUGCUCAUCAUAAAAGUCCUAAAGGGAUAGUUCUCCCAAAAAUGAACAUUUGAUGUUUAUCUGCUUACCCCCAGAUCGGUUAGAAGAACAAGUGUAUCAUGGUGUCUGUUUGUGGAAAUGUAAUUUCCAUGUCAGAGAUGAAAUACUAGUAGCCUAAAAUAGUUUUGUGGUUAACUACCAGUUUUCAGUGUUCAUUUAUGUUUAAAUUAAUGUGAUGUUAAAAAACUGCAUGAUUUGUGUAAUCUUAGAACUGUCACAUGGACAUUACUUUAAUGCAUUCUCCUCUGAUAACUAAAACUUACUCUUAAACAAUAAUAAAUGUGAGUUGAAUUAAAAUACCAUUUGGCCAAAUUCCAACCAAAAAGCCUGUACCAGGAGCCUGUUGAAGAGAAAAAGUGACUUGUACUCCGAGAAGAAUAUUUUUUAGACUUUUUUUUUUUUUUCAUGCAUCUUUUUUAUUUUUAACUUCAUGUUGAGUCAUGUAAACUUCUUUUCUAAAGAUGAUUUUUUUCAUAAUGGCUAAAAUCAGAGGUUUGUCACAAGGAUAUUUGAGUUAAUCAGAAAUAAAUUAACUAAGCUAA